CAACAAUAAAUAAAACUCUACCCACCUGAGGCUUUGGCACUGCCUGUCCUAAUAACUUAUAUCCAAGAGCUCCAUAAUGAAUGGUGGGUAAAUCUGUUACAUCCCACGCCCCAUCCAAAACUUGACGUAACCGCGAACGGUCAUUAUCAGAGAGGUAUGAUGAGGCAGCUGGUAAUGCAAGACUGACUCGAGCCAGUGCAAGGCACAAAAAUAAGACUAAUCCUGCAAAAGAAAUGAGUACAUGUUAAAAGGAUAGAUUGUGACAGGGACAAGGAUUUUUAUGAUAGGUUAUGGUGAAGGGGUUCCCGACUCUACAAAAAUUGUACAUUAGCCAAGAUCUAAUGAACGUAGAAGACGACAAAACAUGAAGAGUGAAAAAAGGAAGGGUCAACGUUUUAAAAAGCUAUAGUAAUGAUUCAAAUUGUGAAAGGAUGAACUAAAGCCCAGACGACAGCCCAAACGAACCGAGCACUCGGACUUCAGAAAAUACUUUCACGCACAAACCAAGCUGAGCCAUUGGGUACCGUACAAUAGUCAUAAAGGCACAGAGUGAUGUUUACCUUUCAUUUUGACUAAAUUGUAAGGUUGCAGCUGUUGUUUACAGCCACGUUCUAGAAUUUAUUCCGCCGGAGCUGCCGGGUGGCUGACCGGUUGGCAGUGUUGACGGAACCCACUACAGUCACCUCCGAGUAACUUAACGAGAAUUCCCUCGUAACCGGUAAUCCCGGGCAGCUGUAAGAUACUCUGUUUCGACUGUUGUCUUUGUUCCGAACCCGGUGACGUGGGCGCAUUUACCACAAGGCAGUAAGCAGGGUGCCACCUUCCACUCAAGGUGCCACCCGGGUCUGUUUAGCGGGUUGGAACUGUUAAAAAAAUAUUACAUGACAACGAAAAGAGAUAUUAUUUGUUCAUCUUGUGUCUUGCUUAGUCGACUAGAAACGUACAAGUUCAUGAAAAAACCAAGAACAAUUUUCUAGUUCUAAUACUUGUAUGUACAGGUACAAGUAUACUACAUCCACAUGACAAUAGAGUGAAGAUUUUAAGUGGUUCUUCACUUGUCUCGAAUAAGAUGAGUUUCAAUAAACUAAAAUCAACCAUUGAGGAAGGAGACACAGUCAUAUUGUACCUCAAUCCAUCCUCUCUCCAUGCAAUUACUGUGAAUCCGUUAACCAAAAACAAGAAAGAUGCUGUUGUUGAAAACAUUCUUCAGACAACACAAGGAGGUUUAAAAAUUAAAAGUUUGAUUGGUAAAGAAUAUGGAAGCCGCAUUCAGCUAACGAGGGGCUUUGGAUAUGCGCUACAUCCUACACCUGAGUUGUGGACCAUCACUCUCCCUCACAGGACUCAAAUUAUCUACACCCCUGACAUAAGCAUGAUAGUAUUUCAACUAGAGCUCAGGCCUGGAUCUGUUGUAAUUGAAUCAG